UGAAUAUUCUAUAUCACUUAAUAAAUUUUAAAAAAUGGAGAAUAAAAAACGACCUCGUAAGCGAAAGGUGAAAAAUAUAAGCAACACUGUAUUGAAUAAAUCAGAUGGAGCCCAUGUGCAACAGUUGCUUGAUGAGGGUUUUGUUUAUGGAAGGUCGCUGCCCUUGAGUCGCAUCAAAAGGUUGAUAAGAAAUCAUGCGUUAGACUUGAACCAAUUGAAUAAUGGAAAUACGGUUAUGCAACUAAAUGGUUUCAUUGAUACAAUUAUAGACUUCAUAAAAAAUGUUCCUACAUCGAGGUUAAACGACUCCAUAUUGAAGGAUGAACGUUAUUCCAAGUUUUUCAAGUGUGGUUUCCAAUCAUAUUGGUCAGACUACAACUAUGGAGCAGUGGAUAAAGUCUUAAAAACGGGAUCUGCAGCAAUAGGUUAUGUGAAUCAUGAAUCUCCUACUAUCGACUUAUCAAUUGAGCUGCCAUCUUCGAUCUUCAACCCAAAAGAUUACAUCAACUAUCGGUAUCUUAACAAACGCAAUGCCUGGUUAUGCAAACUAUAUGAUGAUAUGCAGUCUUUACUUUGUGCUGAUGACUUCCGUAAACAAUUUGGAGAGAACAUAACCAGUUCAUUGGACUAUGACAAUUACAAGGUGAAGAUACACCUCAUUUUCAGUGUAAAUAAUAUAAGAUUUUUGAUACGUAUAGGUGCACACAUACCUUCAAAUACUUUCAAAAUAAGUCCAUUGGAAAUAAAUCGCAACAACGUCAGGAUACCAACGACGACACUGGUUGAUAUCAAUGAAAGCGAACAGUCUAAUACAUUAUGGCCAACUCCUACUUAUAACAGUUCUAUUUCAGAGGAUCUUCAAAGAGACGCUAUUGAAUCCAGAAUAACGGAAACAAAUCAUAAAUACAGGCGCAUGAAAGACGCUUUUACUUUAUUAAGUGUUUGGGCUACCAAACAAGGUGUGUCACAUGUGACUAAUCUUCCUUAUUUAUUGAACGCUAUGAAUACGGAUUCGGGAAACAAUCAUAGAUUGGAUAUGGAAAUCAACAGUGGUUUAACUGACACUUUUUGGUUGCUUCUUUUGGUACAUGUCAUUGAGAUAAAUAAGUAUCCAUGCGACGUGGAGUCUUUUCCAUUAUUUCUCGCUUGUUUGAAGUUCUUGGCAUCAAUGGAUACAAAAAAACAUAUUUAUAUUCUUGGGUCCAAAAAAACAGAAAUAAUGUCUAAUGAAGCUACUGUGCCAGGGAAUACUGAGUUCGUCACAGAAAAUCAUGAUAUAUUCAUACCACAGUUUUAUACUGAUCGUGAUAAAUCGCAUAACAUAUGUCAUCAGACAGUAUUUGUUUUACAGGAACUUAUUGAUAAAGCAAGGAUAUCCGUUGGUGCUACAGACUACAUGUCUAGUCCAUUCCUUUAUGGGCAAUUGUUUGAAAUUAGCUGUGAUAUAAAAUGCCACUAUGAUAUCAUAUUUUACAUACCUGAAUGCCCAAAGGUGAAGAGUAAACUAUGGGAAUUAAGAGUCCACGAAUAUACCGCGUGGAACCUAAAACACGUUCUUGAAUAUGGGCUGAAGGAUCGAUUACGUUAUAUUCAUUUUCGAUAUACGCAUGAAGGUGCUCUAUUGGUAAUGGUCAGUUUUGAUGAGAACAUUCAACGUUCUACCGAUGUAGGCCCUCUUACUAGCUCGCCGGAAUGUACUUAUUUCCGCAAUUUUUGGGGUACAUUAGUUGAAACAAGAAGCUUUGAUGAUGGAUCUAUAUCAGAAUGUUUGCUGUGGGAUAAAGUCAUCCAAGGUGAACCUCCAUGUCGCAAUUCCGCUGUAAGCCUGCAAAUUUGCUCCGGUAUUAACGUAAAUUUACGUAUAAUCCAGUUGCUAUUAAAAUUGCAUUUUACUGAUUUAUCGAUUGUUGAUAUUAACGGUGACACAAAGAAACGUAAAUUUGAUGGGAACAGCCACAACAGGCAAACUAUAUACGUCCACUCUCCAAUGGUUGAAGUAAAUCCACGAUUGCUCAAUAGCUACAGGUCUUCUUUAAUGAAUCUAUUCAAUGAUCUUAAUGGUAUAUUAAGAUCAUUGAGAAAUGUUCCGCUUAGUGUCUGUAAUGUAUAUACAUGUAGUCCUGAAUUUGCCUAUAUCGAUUUUGGACCUUCUGAUUUAAGACAUAGAGUGCUGAUUGAAUUGGAGAGCUCAAAUAAAUGGCCAAACGAACCUAAGGCUAUUGCUGGUGUAAAGGUGGCGCUGGCCAUUGCCAUUUUAAAAGAGCUUAAUAAGAAGCAUGGAAUAAAGUCAAACAUCACCGUUGAUGGCGAAAUGGAAAUUGAAUUUCACAAAGUUAAAUUGAGUAUGAAAAUGUUAUGCCAAUGUGAGUAUCUUCCUAUAGUUAAAAGUAUACGAGAUUUUGACCCAGAUACUGACACGCCUCCUACAGAAGAUGAGCUAUCAGUUGUACGAGAUUAUUUUAGGUCUUUACAUUUAGAAAGGUGUAAGGUGGUUGCCUUAAAAUGCCCUAGUUACUCUGCUUCCGUACGUCUGUCAAAGGCAUUUGCUGCAGAUUGCCUGUUACCUAAUAAUGAAUUCCUAUGUGAAAUGUCGAACUGUUUUAUCUUCGGAUCUAACGAUUUUAUGUUAUCGCAAGCAACGUCAGGGUGGACUGGUUUCUAUAGAUUCCUUUACCUGGUAGCACACUAUGAUUGGAUAACUCAACCCAUGGUAAUACGUGAUGAGAAAUUUAACUAUGAUUCAUUGAUUUUGAAUAAACGGCAGUGGAUGUCUUUCUUUUGGGUUAGCACGCCUGAAGACCCUUACUGUCUUGCUUCCAGGAUGCCAACAGCACUUAUGGCAAAAAGAUUUAUACUUCAAUGCAGUAAUUUCUUGAAAAGCAAGGAGAUAUACUCUAUGAAACUCUUAUCAUACUUCAAUGUAGAUAGAGCUGGCUACAAUUUUGUUAUCACACUAGAUAACAUCUAUCGCAAACUUAAAUUUUCAGAUGGUGCUAAAAAUAUAAAAGUCACAUUUGACGAAGCCCAAUAUUUGUUGAAUGUAGUACUGGAUGAAUUGCGGGACAAUUUUGGAGGCUUGCUAGAAAUCGCGUAUAAUGAAUUACACUUCAAUGGUUUUCACAGUGAUCUGAAACAUUUGCAGAUAUAUGUCAAGAUAAAUCCACUUGCAUGUAUCCCAUCGGAAGUAAAUACAGCGAGUUACCCACUUGCUGAAAUAUCACAUAACAACGUUAAAUCCUAUGUGCCUGACAUUCAAGCUGUAUUGGAGAGAAUAAAAGAAAUCACGUAUGGAUUGAUAGUUGAUGUGAAAUUCAUCUAACACAGGCAUAUAUCUAAUGAUUACAUUCUGAUAUUAGUGUUAGUUACAAUUA